AUGGUGUGUUGCUGCUUGUCAAAGAGAUCACCAAGACAUAGUCCAGACAAGGUUCAACCUCUUCAUAAGAGGUGUUAUACGGUGAGAAGAUUUCUUGUUUGGAAUGUGAAUAUGGCGCGUCGCUGCUGGUCAAAAAGAUCACCAAAAUAUAAUCCAGAAGUUUUGACUAUGACUAAGAAAUCCGAUGUAGUUCCAGAAAAGAAUGGACAAUCUAAUAUAGUCCCUAAAAAGGAAGCAAAUCCAGAAAUAAAGCAAACUGAUGAUAAACCUGAAAGGAGUAUACGUGAAGUCGAGUACAAUUUAAGACCUGCGAGUCAGGAGCUCGAGGUAUACAUCCGAAAAGUGAUUUCCAAAUUCGAAGGGGUUGAAAAUUGUGUGGUGGAUAUACAAAACAAAAGAAUUGUGGUCACCGGUGACUUUGAUCAAAAGAAACUGUUUGAAGAGCUUCAGAAAAAGAGGCGUAAGAUAAUAAAGAAAGAUCAUGAAUUAAUUGAGAAAUAUAGACGCAUUCAUGCCCGAGUAAGAAGUGGGGAUGAAAAGGAGAUGGCCAAAUUUGACAUGUCCAAUGAAGAAAAUCCUAAUGGAGCACUGUAUCUUUUUCUCCUUUUUAUUUUUAUUUUCUUAUUUUUUAUAUUUUAUCUUUUUAUUCAUAUAGCUAGUCGAAACAAGUAA